AUGAGUGAUAAUGAUUUAGAAUUAAUACCAAAUAUAUAUAAACAAUUUGAAGAAAAAAAUGAGGCAAACAUAAAAGAGAACGAAAGCGAUGAAAAUGAGGAAGAUGAAAAGAAAGAAAAUGAUAAUAUUACUGUAAAUAAAAACAGCAAGUUUUAUAAGAAGCUGUAUUCUUUUAUAGAAACUAAGUCCACAUAUAUUAAUUUAAUAUUAAGAUGUAAGAAUGAAAAGGGGACUAAAAUUGUUUAUAAAAAAAAAUAUAUGAGAGCUCAAAAUAAGGCUUCUCAAGAAAAAAAAGAAGAAAAUUCUUUAAAUAUUCUAAAAGAAAUUGUUAAAAAUAAAUUUUCUAAUUAUUCUGAUGAAAAAAUAGACAUAUACCUAAAGGAAAUUAUAAAUGAUCCACCUAAAGAAAAUUGUUCUCUUCAUAAAAAAUUAUUUGAAAAAGAUGAAAAGAGGAUAUAUAUAAAGCACAAUUUAAUAAGUUAUAUAUUUAAUUUUAUUGAUUGUAAAACUUUAAUGAAAUUUAAAGAAUGUUCAAAGAUAGAUAAUGAAAUAGUUAGUUUAUAUCUUAGAAAAAUAUUGUAUACUUUGCCCUUUAGAGAUGAGGAUAUAAUAACCAAUAUACAAUAUUGGAAAAAUGUGGUAAAUUAUUUUUUUUACACUUGUGGAACACUAAUACCAAUUGACAGAUCAAAUUAUCCUACGAUCUUAAAAGCAUUAGAACAAAAUAAAAGUUUUUGUGUAAUUACAAAAGAUUCAAUGAAUUCUAAUAUUUUCAUUAGCCUGGAUUAUUUAAAUGAAAAAUUAAUAUCUUCAUGCAAUCAUAAUAACCCAUUACCUCACACAUGUGACCCUAAGAAUGAAAUAUGCGGAGUAAAAAACUUAAAAACAGAAGAAAUAUCAAUGAUUGAUUUUAUUGAAGAAUAUUACAAAAGAUUAAGAAUUAAUGAUGAUGAAUUAAUUUGGAAUUCAUUUUAUUUUCAUAAAUCAUCUGAAUUUUUAACUUUACUUUUCCUAGAAUAUCUAAAAUGUUUAUCAACUGUUGUAAAAAAAUAUAAUGGAAAAUGUACUUUUAAAAAAACAGAAUAUUUUGUAAACUGUGGGCAUCAUAUAACUCAUCGUAUUUGGAUUCAAAUAUUUCUUGAAUAUGGUUACGAAUCUACUGAUAUAAAAAAAAAAAAAAAAAAUGAAAACAACAUAGAAGAAGAUUGUGAAAAUAGAACACUAUAUUUGACCAUUGCUGACCAUUUUAAAUGGGAUGCAUAA